UUUAAUAGUACGAAACCCAUGGAUUUUGAAGUAGAAAAUGAAGAUCAAGAUCCUUAUUCUAUUGUAUUUUUUCUGCUUUUAGUGUCGCAGGAAAGAGGACUUGGAGAAAGUAUGUGCCACACUGAUGAUCUUGAACAACAAUCUUGUGACUUGCCUUCUGUAAGUUAUGUUCAAGAAAAUACAUCAGCUGACGCGGAAGAAGAUCAUACCGAGAACGAAAUAUCUGACAAAGAGAAUGAGUUAGAGACCGAAUGGACUGAUUUUCUUAAAAGGACCCUUAAGGACGGAAUUCUCUCUACGAUUGUGGAAAAAUCAGCAGAUUCGCACCACAAUAUCCUGUUAAAUCUUAAAUCAGGUGGUGCUUUUCAGGUUGCUGCUAACAUGCACGAAAUUGAAAAGAGAGACCCAGAAUUUGCUCUACAGCUUGACAAGUGCUUAAAAAGCUCGGCACCAGUAGAACUUAUUGGUUCCUUCUUAUCGAAGAAUUUUGCUGACGAAUUACUAUUUGGUAGUAAAAGAGUAAGCAUGUUACUGUACGUCCAAGUGAAGCUUUUUACUCUUUUUUAAUUUCAGAACGGUUUAUGGUUGUAAAACGCAGUCAUAUGACGCGUAUCUGUGUUUUUAUUUUUAUUUUGACUAGCGUUAUAUUUGGUAUUAUGUUA